UCUUAAUCACUACAGCCAUGAUUUUUUUUAAAGGUCAAGUGCAGGUUAAUUUGUUAAUCUUUUUCUUUAAAUUUUGCUUUAAUUAUUUUUAUAUGAAAAUUUUUGGGUUUAGGAAUUGUCAGAGUUUCCAUUAUUUCUUAUGGGUAAAAUUCGCUUUUAUAUCUAAGCACGCUUCUCGAACGAAUUAUGCAAGGUUUUACUGUAUACUGUAUAUAUAUACUCUAUACACACAAAUACACACACACACAACCAGUCAAAUGUUUGGACACACCUUCUAGAUCCAUGCUUUUUCUACAUUGUAAAGCAAAGUUGAAGGCAUCCAAAAUAAUCUCCUUUGAUUGGUGAUUUUUGAGAUUGGUAAGUCUAAAUGAACCUUUGCAGCAGAGGUUUGUUUUGGUCUUGCUUUCUUGCGAUGGUCCUACUUAAUUACUUAAUGCCAUUUAUUUCAUUGUUUUAAAAAAAAUCCUAUUGUUCUAGAAUGUAGACAAUCAAUAGAUGUGUCUGAACAUUUAACUAGUACUACAGUUAUUUAAACAAUUAUCUUGUUUAGGUUGUUGUUACUGUUUUUGUUGCUGUUAUGUGUGCAGGAAAAUACUUGAUUAACCUUUUAUUUCUGCAUCAUAUUUCUGGUAAAUGAUUUUCAUUUCUUUGUUGAAAAUUUGUUGUGUAUGUGAAGUGUUAAAGUAUACUAAACCUAAUAGCAUCAAACUAAGGGAUAUACUGUUUUCUUUUAUGGUCACCAAAUUUAAAGGAUUGAGUAGGACAUGUAUUUGUCAACAUGUAUGAUGUCGUACUGAGAGAAGCUUUUUUUAUCGAGUGGGUGAUUGCAGAGAGGUGUAAAAAUAUAUAAAAUAGAAAUAAAAUAGAAAAAUAGUCUGGUGAUUAUAAAUAAGUAAAUAGUUAUGUUUAAUAGAGUUCUCCUGACACUUCUAGUAAGAGAUUGACAGUAGAAAUGUCCAUACUGUAAAUUAACUGUUUUGUUUCCCCAGGUGCAGACAACUUACAGUACAUGGGAACUUGGUAUACAGUAUAUAAAGUAUAAAGUGUUAAAAUACUGUGUAAGCUGUAAGUCAUGGAAAUUGUCUAGACCCACAUUUGUCAGCUAUUUGUAUAUAUCAGUGGCAUAACAGAGAUUAUUACACAUUUUCAAGGUUAUUUGAAGUCUAUGAGUACAAAGUCUUUUUUUUUUUUUAAACAGAAAUCGUUAAGACAUAAUAUACAUUUGACCGUGAAUUAAUUAUUUACAAAUUGUAGUAAGUGCUAAAGUUCAGAAAAUCAGGCAUUCAUUUGACCUACAAAAGAUGUUGAAUGAGUUGGACACAGUGACCUCUGUCUAUGAUUAUCUCUGUAAUCUAUAUUAUUAAAUUAUAACAAUAUAAAAGCAAAGGUUAUAUUGCUGUGUGUUUUACAGGACUAUGACACAUUUUAUACACCUCAAACUUUUUUUGUCUUCUUUUAUUUGUCAUCUCUAGCCAUGCACUUAUGUUAACAUGUUUAGAUCAGAGUCUAACAUAAUAGCUGUUACUCCAACACAUGCUGCUCAAACAGUGUUUGAUUUUCUUUUUCAGCCAAUUUGUGUCAUUGAACAGAAUCCGUACAUAAAGCAGCAUGUGUUAAAAGUACUUAAAUCAUAGAAAAUAAAAUGAUCUCAUAAUGUUUUUUUUUAUUUAAAGCUGUAGAUAGGGGCUCUGUACAGCUGCUUAUAAAGACAAAAACUAUUUUGAUGCCUUACAGUAUUUGUAUCACUCACUGAAAUCUUUAAACAGCUCUCAAGUUAAUAUUAACCUUGAGGAGUUUUAGCAUUGGGUUUUUUUUUCCCUCAGGUAACUCGACUGAUAAAAGGCUUCACUCUUCACCUAAAAAGCAUGAAAUGAUUGCAACCUGAUAGAGUUCAGUCACUGGAGCUUUCUUUUUCUAAAUUAGUUUGCUUGUGUAGCUGUAACUAUGGAGAAAUCUAACAUUUUACCUUCUUUCAGUGAUAUGGAGAUGAAUUAUGAUCCCGAGCUGCAGGUAAAAUUGGCUUGUCCAGAAUCAAGAACACCUAAUACAAGUGGGAAAACUCAAGACAGAGGACAGUGGUCAAAUAAAGUUGAAUUUCUCCUGGCUGUCGCUGGGCAAAUCAUCGGUCUAGGGAAUGUGUGGAGGUUCCCAUACCUGUGCUACAAAAAUGGAGGAGGAGUGUUUUUCAUUCCCUAUUUGACUUUCCUGUUUGCCUGUGGCAUUCCACUGUUUCUCAUGGAGAUAUCAUUGGGUCAGUACACUAGUCAGGGUUGCAUUACUUGCUGGAGGAAAAUCUGCCCUUUGUUCGAAGGAUUAGGCUAUGGAAGUCAGGUCGUCGUGUUGUACUCCAGCAUCUACUAUGUGAUCAUUUUGGCCUGGGCAUUCUUCUAUCUUUUUUCUUCCUUUAGUCUUGAGGUCCCAUGGUCUACCUGCAGCAAUACCUGGAAUACUGAAACAUGCACAGAGUUUGACAAAAUGAAUAAUUUGCUCAACUCAAGUAUACCAGAAAAUGCAACUUCACCUGUUAAAGAGUUCUGGGAGAGGAGAGUGCUAAAUCUCACAAGCAGUAUGGAUGAUCUGGGCAAUGUGAGAUGGGAGCUGGCUCUGUGUCUCCUUUUAGCUUGGAUCAUCUGCUACUUCUGUGUGUGGAAGGGAGUGAAGUCUACAGGCAAGGUGGUCUAUUUUACUGCUACCUUUCCUUAUGUAAUAUUGGCAGUUCUUCUGGUGCGUGGACUCACGUUGCCUGGUGCUGUCAGUGGCAUAAUUUUUUACCUCUACCCAGAUUUUACACGUCUUGCAGACCCCCAGGUGUGGAUGGAUGCUGGAACACAAAUUCUUUACUCCUACGCUCUCUGCAUCGGGUGCCUCACUGCCCUGGGAAGCUACAAUAAGUACGAUAAUAACUGCUACAAGGACUGUAUUUAUUUGUGCCUGUUGAAUAGUGGAACCAGUUUUGUGGCUGGUUUUGCCAUCUUCUCAGUGCUGGGCUUUAUGGCUUAUGAGCAGAACACUGACAUCUCAACAGUGGCAGAGUCAGGUCCAGGCUUGGCCUUUAUUGCAUACCCCAGGGCAGUUGCUAUGAUGCCCGUGCCACAACUAUGGGCCUUUUGUUUUUUCCUCAUGAUUAUUCUGUUAGGACUUGACAGUGAGUUUGUGUGUUUGGAGGCGCUGAUAACUGCUGUAACAGACAUGUACCCUUCAUUCUUUCUCUAUGGUCAUCGCCGGAAAGGAUUUCUGCUCAUUAUUUGUAUUGGGUGUUUCCUAUGUGGCCUAGUUAUGGUGACAGAGGGCGGAUUAUAUAUUUUCCAGUUGUUUGAUUACUAUUGCUGCAGUGGGAUGACACUUCUGUUAUUCGCUAUUCUGCAGUCAGUGUGUAUAGGGUGGGUGUAUGGGGGCGAUCGUCUUUAUGAUAAUAUUGAGAACAUGAUAGGCUACAAGCCCUUGUUUUUAAUAAAGUAUUGUUGGAAGUACCUCACACCUCUCUUCUGUGGAGGUACAUUUGUCUUCUCUCUGAUCAAAUUCACUCCUCUGAAGUUUAACAAUGUUAUUGAAUACCCCUGGUGGGGCUAUGCCCUUGGCUGGUGGUUCACACUCUCUUCAACUCUGUUGGUUCCUCUAUGGAUGAUCUAUGUGCUGCUCACUUCUAGUGGCUCACUAAGACAAAGACUGCGUGUUCUUUGCACCCCAGCAAGUGACCUUAGGUAAACACUAUGCAACUGUGGAAGCAAUGAAGGACUUCUUUCCUUAUCACAACAGCAAGGACAUCCCUGAAGCACAAAGGGUGAUAGUUAAGUCAACCAUGCAUGUUUAAAAAUGCACUUUUAUAUUGGCCUUUGGCCUCUUCUCAAAUGGACAUGCUGUGAAGUUGGUGUAUAUAUGCACAAUUUAAUAGUUUUAACUAUCAGUCUGUAAAAAAGACACAUGAAUUUGUGUAAACAAAUCACUGCUUGUAAAUGUGUAGAGUACAAGAGAGAGGUAAGAGUGUGCACUUUAUAAGAAGGAUAUCUUCAGGUAUUCUUUAAGGACAAUAUCAUUAUAAACAUAUGUGCGGUUUACGGUCUUAAAUAAUUGUAUAAGAAAAGUGUUUAUCAUAAAAACGUUUAGGCUUUUUUUUCGCACCAGUUAUUAUAAAAUUAAUGACUAGGCUAUUACAUUAGUACAGUAAUACAGUAGAAAAACGUGCCUUUCAGACUUGGCCUUCGGUGCAGCUAAACUAGUAUUGUAAUUUUAUUCGAGAUUCUUUGGUCAAAGUUUUUGCUGAACAAGGGCUUAGAAAUAUGCACUCACUAGGUACAUUUACUGCCAGACUUUUCCAGUGCUGUUUACUUAUGUUCUUUCAGAAAGAAGAGAGCAAUAACCUAAUCAUUUAGGUGCUUAUUGGCUUUAAUAAAUCCAAUAUUCCUUCUUUUAUGCAGAAACAGUUCAUCUUCAAGACCCACAACAGCCUCAAAAAUUUAAUAAAGUAUUUUAUCAUUAAUGGAUUAACUGUAAUAUCCAAAUAAUCCCACCGAGAUGCCCAAUAAACUGGAUGUUUCUGGUAAAGAUGUUGUGGCAUGCCAGUUUACUGAAAAAAUAAUUUUGCCCCAGUUAAUCCAUUAAUGAUAAAAUACUAAAAUCUGAUAGUCUACUAAUAGUUACAGUAAUUAAUCUUAAUGCAUGUCUUCAUUAUUAAAUUUUUAUAUUAGGAGCUGUUUAAAUUUUACCUCACUCCCUGUGGCCUAAAGACACAGAACAUAGAUUGUAAAAAGGUUUGUAGGAAUGGGGAUGUAAUUAAUACAAUAAUUAAUAAUUAGCAUAACAAGAAGGCCUUUUCAUCACUGCUGUAAUCAUUCCAAAGCCAUCUUAUUCAAUACAUAGCAUUUGUUGCUACUUGUUAGUAUAUGAAUACUGCUAUGUGAACACAUUACAAUAAGGUUUCUUAGUUUUGACUUACGAUUUUUUGUUUGUGAAUUGUCUUGGGAUGCAUUUACUAAAACAAUUAAUAAUAAUGAAUACUCAACAGAAUAUCAAAGAAUGUGUUUGAUUGAGCAUGUGAAUGUGUGUAUGCAUGUAAAGAACUUAGUAAGGUUACUUGUUAUUAUAAUUUAGAACAUUCUUUUAUAAAAUUAAUGAAUAGUCUGCUUAGCAUUGUGAUAUGCUGAGUGAUGUAAUUUCAAUAUAUAAUUCAACAGUUUAAAUUUAAAAAGGAUUAUAUUCACAGAUAAUUUGUUGUAGUGACAAGUACUCUACACAUUUUCAAAUAGCUAUUUGCGAUUACAAAUGAAAGUUUCUAUAACAAAAUCAUGCUCUGUAACAGUUUAGACCUCAUUAAUCACCUACUAGGUGGCACGGUGACAUAGUGGUUAGCACUGUGGCCUCACACCUCCAGAGACGAUGAAUUGAUUCAUGCCUCUGGUCUGUGUGCGUGGAGUUUGCAUGUUCUCCCCAUGCUUGGUAGGGUUCCUGCGGGUUCUCUGUUUUUCUCCGGCAGUCCAAGGACAUGCAGAUUAGGUUUAUUGUCUGAAUUAUCUGUAGUGUGUGUGUGUGUGUAUGCGUGCCAUGCAGAUUAGGUCAAUUGUUUUAAUUGUCCGUAGUGUGUGUAUGUACAGUAUGUGUGUGUGCGUGCCCUGCGAUGGAUUAGCAGUCUGUCCAGGGUGUACUCCAUGCCCUAAGACUCCUGGGAUAAAACCCGUGUGCAGGAUAAAGCGGUACAGACAAUGAGUGAGUGACUAAGUGAGCAAGUAAUCAUCCACUCAGUGACAGAAAAGCAUGUAGCAAUAUUAUUGAGAAUUAAUGUGCUCUGUCUGGCUUAUCUGGUGAUUGGUUUUCUACUCCAUUUGUUCAAAGAAUCUGUCUGAUCUCAUUGCAAAAAAACAGAACAUCUCCAGUAAUAAAUUAAACAUUCCAGGCAGAUUACGCACUGAUUUCACAAAAAAAAUUCCAGCCAUGUUUGGCGUUCUUGGUGCAUGCUAAUCUUUAUGUAGAAUGUGUUUUCUCACCUAAAGACUCCAAUUCACAGGUUUUGGUAGUUAUUAUUAAAUUGUUUCCCCUUCUUACAUUUUGGGUCAUGGUUGGAAAACGUUGACUGUUUAUCUAAUGUGUAUAAAAGCACAGCUUUUCUUUUUUUAUUAAAUGAAGUCAAUGAAAUGAGUGUGACCAAUUUUAUUAGUGUAAUAAUUUUAAAUUACUAAUAAUACAAUGUAUUGCUAUGCAAACAUUCAAAUGGUACUUAAUGGGAACUUAAAGCAUUGUACAAUUAGCAUCUACCGUGUAAACUAAAGGUCCCAUAUUGUAAAAUAUGAAUCAUCAGAUGUAUAAACUUGGUAUACAUGGGCUGGAUGUAAUUUAGGACAUCAGUGUAAUUUCACAAAAUAACAUCAAAUUAUUUUGAAACUAUAGUUUGCACUACACAAAGAGGCAAGAAUAGAAAUCAGGGGCCCAUUUAGAUGAAAUGACACACUAAGAAUUUUCUGUAUUGGAUAGUGUUGAAUAUUGACAAGUAAACUGGUGUAUUGCUUUUAUUAUAAAACUACGAGCACUGCAGAUCAGCCGCUAGAGUUUCUGGGUCCCUUGAAAACCUAAUAUACUGACCCACUCCCUUUUAUAGCAUCCCUGCAACACUGUAAUUGAUAUUAAUGAUAAACAAAUAUCAGGAAUUCAUUAUAAUUGACUGGGUAUUUCUAAAAUCCUAAAAGAGCAAAAUAUGCCUCUCUUCAUCAUUAGUUUUCCAUCUUACUUUUGCUUGCCUCUCUGGAAUACGGAUUGGUGGCUGGGCUUGGUUUUUGGUUGUAUUGUGUGAUUGAUUGGAGAUGCUAAAAUUGCACAGCAAAUUGAGAAUUGUACCAGUAGUCUCAGUUGCCAGUCCAUCUCUGUGAGAUAACUCAAGGACAGUAAUUACAAUUAUUCAAUGCAACCCUCAACAGUUUCUAAUAGUAUUAGGUUGAAAGAGUGUAAGUUGUAAAUGUUGUUGCUGAUUAAAAAAUAUUUAUACUACCGCUCAAAAGUUUAAGAUCACUUUCUAACUCCAUGUUCGCAUUGCAAUAAUCUCCUUUGAACAGUUAAUGUUGAAAGUAUCUGCUACUCAUGAUCUGUAAAAUAAUCAUAAUGGCUCUAAUGCUCGGCUUAAGGUGCUGUUAAUUAGUGAUUUGUAAGGCUGGUAACUCUAAAUGAAAUUCUCCUCUGCAGCUAAGGUCUUGCCUUCCUGGGAAGGUCUUCAUGAGAGCCAGUUUUAUCAUGGUGCUUGAUGAGUUUUGCAAAUGCACUUGGCAAUACUGUUCUUGCAAGAAUUAUUCCAGAAAGGCUGACCUCUGUGUCUCAAAAUAACAAUUGAUUGUUGUUGUUGUUGUUAAAUAAUUACCUAAUUCCAUGUGUUAUUUCAUAGUUUUUAAAUACCCAGUAUUGUUGUAGAAUGUAGAAAAUAAAUCACUAAUCAAAAACACAGAAUUUUGAAAGUAAUCCCAAACUUUUGAGGGGUAGUACAUAUAUUAGUUUAUAUAUUCAUAUAUAUUUCAUGUAGUUUAUAUAUUUCUUUGUAUAUGUGGGGAACUACUGUAUAUGCUUUACUUUUGAAAUGUUAAAUUUUAGACGUGUCUUGGGAGAAAAAUAGAUGUUUCAAAUAUGUUUUUUUUUUUUUUUUUUACUUGUGAUGGCCAGUAUGUUAAGAUGUCCAUUUAGUAUUUGAAAGUUUUGUGUAAUGAUAGUUAUUAAGCUAUUUACUUUACUGUGCUGCAAUUUAUUAUAUAGUUUUACAUUAUAGAGUUUUGUUUUAAAUCUAAAAUAAUGCACUGCACUGUCCUUCAUGAAGUGUGAUGUAUAUGAUAACACUGUUAUGAAAUUAAAGAUACUUAAGUCCCA